AUGGGCAGCCGAGAGGUGCUGGGCCAGGCGGCCCGGCUGGCCUCCUCCGGUCUGCUCCUGCAGGUGUUGUUUCGAUUGAUCACCUUUGUCUUGAAUGCAUUUAUUCUUCGCUUCCUGUCAAAGGAAAUCGUUGGCAUAGUGAACGUGAGGCUAACACUGCUUUACUCGACCACCGUCUUCCUGGCCAGAGAGGCCUUCCGUAGAGCAUGUCUGAGUGGGGGUGCCCAGCGAGACUGGAACCAGACCUUCAACCUCUUGUGGCUAACGGUCCCCCUGGGUAUGUUUUGGUCCUUGCUCCUGGGCUGGGUGUGGUUACAGUUGCUGGAAGUGCCUGAUCCUAAUGCCGUCCCCCACUAUGGAAGUGGAGUGGUGUUGUUCGGUCUUUCGGCUGUGGUGGAGCUUCUGGGAGAGCCCUUCUGGGUCUUGGCACAAGCACAGAUGUUUGUCAAGCUCAAGGUGAUUGCUGAGAGCCUGUCGGUCAUCCUCAAGAGUGUCCUGACAGCUUUUCUUGUGCUAUGGUCACCUCACUGGGGGCUAUACAUUUUCUCUUUGGCCCAGCUUUUCUAUACUGCAGUUCUGGUGCUCUGCUAUGUUAUUUAUUUCACAAAGUUAUUGGGCUCCUCAGAAUCAACCAAGCAACAGACUCUUCCUGUCUCCAGAAUGACAGAUAUGUUACCCAGUAUUACAAGAAGUAGAGCUUUUGUAAAUUGGAAAGAGGCUAAACUGACUUGGAGUUUUUUCAAACAGUCUUUCUUGAAGCAGAUUUUGACAGAAGGCGAGCGAUAUGUAAUGACAUUUUUGAACGUGUUAAAUUUUGGCGAUCAGGGUGUAUACGAUAUAGUGAAUAAUCUUGGCUCCCUUGUGGCCAGAUUAAUUUUCCAGCCAAUAGAGGAGAGUUUUUACAUAUUUUUCGCCAAGGUGCUAGAGAGAGGAAAGGACGCCACACUUCAAAAGCAGGAGGACAUGGCUGUGGCCGCCACUGUGUUGGAGUCCCUGCUCAAGCUGGCCCUGCUGGCCGGCCUGACCAUCACCAUUUUUGGCUUUGCCUAUUCUCAGCUGGCUUUGGAUAUCUAUGGAGGAGUCAUGCUUAGCUCUGGAUCAGGUCCUGUUUUGCUGCGUUCCUACUGUCUUUACGUCCUCCUGCUUGCCAUCAACGGAGUGACCGAGUGUUUCACAUUUGCUGCCAUGAGCAAAGAGGAGGUCGACAGGUACAAUUUCACAAUGCUGGCCCUGUCAUCUUCAUUCCUGGUGUUAUCCUACCUCCUGACCCAGUGGUGUGGCAGUGUGGGUUUCAUCUUGGCCAACUGCUUUAACAUGGGCAUUCGGAUCACACAGAGCCUUUGCUUCAUCCACCGCUACUACCGAAAGAGCCCUCAUAGGCCCCUGGCGGGCUUGUGCCUAUCACCGGCCCUCCUCGGAGCAUUCACCCUCAGUGGUGGGAUUACUGGUAUUUCUGAGGUGUUGCUCUGCUGUGAGCAGGGCUGGCCAGCCAGGCUGGCACACAUUGCUGUGGGGGCCCUUUGCUUGGGAAUAACUGUUGGGACAGCGUUCCUCACAGAGACCAGGCUGAUCCACUUUGUUAGGACUCAGUUAGGUGUGCCCAGACUGGCUGACAAAACCUUGUGA